UCCUGGGAGGUCACGUGACUAGCGGUGUGACGGACAAGUGUGUUGCAGAGAAGAGGUGUUUAGUUUUGGCCCAUGUUGGGAUAAGUUGGACGCUGCAACAUCGCGUUUAAAUCCGUAAUUAUAAUGGUUUUAAAAGUGUUUCUGGUUUAUAUUAUACUACGAUAGUGUCAACGGUGUUGUGUUUUUGAAAAAAAAAAAUCCUGGAGACUUGACAAAUAUGUGGGACGCAGUUGACGUCGCGACGAGGCAAAAUGGGGCCUGGUGAACACGGAACGCGAGCUGGGGCCCGAUCGCAGGAGGCAUGGACGUCAUCGGGGACGAGCAGACCCUCCAGGCGAUUCUUGGAAGGGGCGAUUUCGUCGGAGGGAUAGACAACGAAGCUCUAGAUUUUUCACAAUUGGAGGAUUUCAUAAACAGCGACAGCGAACAACCCGCGACAUACUUUGCCGACACACUCGCCCAUAAUGAGGGCGGCGGCGGCGCACCAAAUGCGACCUCCAGAGUACAAGAGGGGACGGCCACGCAACAGCAACCGUCCAGGUUGCCGUCGCCCAUCACCCAAAUUCCUGUUCCGGCAACAACGGCCGUCGCAAACAACGUACCUUCUUCUAAUUCCUACAAGGAUCCGCAAACCUACGUCCACCCACACGCGCUACCGGAAAGUCCUCCGGACAGUGGAAGCGAACCGCCAUAUUCACCUCCCGGACAUCACGAGUCGCACGUGCAUUCGCCACUCCUAGAUCAAAAGUCGGCAGCUCUGCAAGAAAUUUUGUUGCACCAUCCGGGGAACGCCAGCGGUUACGCGCCCGGACCGCUACCACCAUCUCCGAGAGCAUUGGCUCCGUCUAACGAUCAACUUUUGCUGAGCCAUCCAGUUCUCACGCCGCUGUUGACGCCUGGGACUCCCACACUUCCUACCCAACCGCAAUUGGCGACUGCACUGGUACCCUUGCCCCACGAACACAGCCCCGGUGGCAUCACGACUCUCUAUUCAUCUCUGCAAUCCGCACCUAAAAAAAGGAAACUCAGUCAGGAUGGGCUCAUUCACGUUAAGCAGGAACCGGAACUUGGAACAGUGGAACACAGUUGCAGUAGCAAUGGAGCGGUAUUGGAUGGCGACGAUGUGUCUGGAGAUAAUGCUUAUGUCGACGCCAGUUACCAGUGCAUCCGUUUUCAUCCGUUCCAACAAACCUCUUGGCAUUCUCUCUGCGAUCACAAUUUGAAAGAACUUCCGGUACCGCACUACAGAGUCGACGCCGACAAGGGGUUCAAUUUCAGCAAUUCGGACGAUGCUUUCGUGUGUCAGAAAAAGAACCACUUCCAGAUCACUUGCCAUGCUCAAUUGCAAGGAGAGGCAGUGUUUGUCAGAACUGGAGAAGGGCUGAAAAAGAUCAGCAGUUUUCAACUGCAUUUUUAUGGCGUUAAAGUUGAAUCUCCAACACAAACAAUAAGGGUGGAGCAAAGCCAGAGUGAUAGGAGCAAAAAACCCUUUCAUCCAGUGGUAGCCGGUUCUAGGGUUGAGUUGGGAGGUGAACGAGUCACUAAGGUGACGGUAGGACGACUUCACUUUAGUGAAACAACGAGCAAUAACAUGCGUAAGAAAGGAAAACCAAAUCCGGACCAGAGGUAUUUUCAUCUGGUCGUUGGCCUGCAUGCCCACACCGCAGAUCAAGCGAGCUAUCAAGUUGUCGCACACGCCUCUGAACGGAUUAUCGUCAGGGCUUUUACGCAGGCGAGCAAUCCUGGACAAUUUGAGUCUGAAGGAAGCGGCGUUGGAGCUGAAGGGGGGUGGCAGCGUGGCUCUGCUCCCGAUAGCGUUUAUCAUGCUGGAAGAGUUGGAAUUAAUACGGAUAGACCCGACGAGGCUCUUGUGGUCCAUGGAAACAUGAAGGUUACAGGGCACAUCGUGCAACCUAGUGAUGCGAGAGCUAAGCAAAAUGUCCAAGAGGUAGACACGCGAGAGCAACUGAGAAAUGUCCAACAACUACGAGUAGUUCGGUAUCGGUAUGCUCCCGAGUUCGCGUUGCACUCCGGUCUCGGAAUAAAACCUCAAGAAGAUACAGGUGUCAUUGCCCAAGAAGUUCAACGAAUUUUGCCAGAGGCAGUUCUACCGGCAGGAGAUAUUAUCCUACCCAACGGUCAAAGGAUUGACAACUUUUUGGUGGUUAAUAAAGAAAGAAUAUUUAUGGAGAAUGUUGGUGCUGUUAAAGAACUCUGCAAGGUGACCGAUAGUUUGGAAACCAGAAUAGACCAGCUAGAAAGAAUUAACAAACGAUUAGCAAAGCUGAAACGAGGGGACAGCCUGAAAAGUUCCAUCAGCACGGUCUCCAGCAUUUCGAGCAGUAAAUAUGGAUCUUCGAUCGGAGCUAAAUCGACCAUUCCGAGAAAAAGUAACAAACCUGAAAGAGACGAGGAACUGCUCUGCAGCAACAAAUUUAUUCAAAUCGUUAUUGUCAUACUCAUCCUUAUCAUGGCGUUCUGCCUUGUAGCAAUGGCUACUUUGUACUUUUUGGAAUAUCAAAAACGUAGUACUCUUGAGUGGUCUACCGUAGCUGGUGGUGGCAUGAUGGCGGCCAUAGGACCUGCUCAUUCACCCAACUCACCCACAACACCUGGUUAUGAUCCACGAUUCAAUCCGCUUCUGCAUAGCACGCUACCUCCCCUUUAUACCGCUCUUGGAAGUUACACCAAGGGCAUAGGCGGAUAUUCGUCUAUGAAAAGUAGCCCAAUUUCUACGCAAACUCCAAACACAAAACAACAAUUGUACAAUAAAGAGACUACAUGGUUUCCAGGGCAUACCGGAUCACAGCAAAGGCCUGAAAAACCAAGUGAAUAUCUUAAUAACUGGUUGGAUAGAAACGGUCAAGGAGCUGUUCCGAGCAAUGUGGAUGAAAAUUAUCAAGUAUCCGAAGUCGACGCUCCACCAGCUACUAGAAGACUAGUACCUUUGGGACGACCUGCGGAAUGUCCGGCCCAUUUUACCGAACUUGAGAGCCCCUGCCAGGUAUUCUGCUGCCCUUCGGAAAUACAUCAGCUUGAAGAGCCCCGACCUGAUCACCCUCCGGAAAGAAAACCUCUGUCAGACCAUUUGGAGCAACCAUUGAGCGUACACGAAGAAAAACGGAAGCUCAGCAAAGGUUUUCAGAAUGGAAUCAGUCCGUCGGACCCAAAUACACAAACGCUAGUCAAAGAGAACAGUUACAAAUACCUUCAUAAGCGGGCAAGGCGCGAAGCAGGAGGCGGUGGAGACUGGGGCGAGGUUGCCAGUAACGCUGCAGGAAUAUUGCCGCCAGAGCCAAGACUGCAACUGUAUCUUGUCGCAAGAGGAUUCAACGCUUCGUUAGACCAGAGAUACUGUUCCGUGUCUUCUCCAAAUGCCCCCAACAAUCUUAGCUGCAAUUUACCCCUGUCCAAACACAUGCCAGACACACAUCUCAGCCUACAUUUUGUCGGAAUGUCUUGGUGGCAAGUCGUGCACCAAUGUCCCCCACCCCCGAACGCUGCCGCUGAUGAGGCUGUCGUAUGUAGCUGGAGCUACACUAUGCAACAGCCAGUGCAAUAUCCUCCCAACUCGAGCCAAGCUGGUGAACAAAUAUUUCCUUUAGAUGUUGCCCAUUAUCUCAGAAAGACUUUGAGAUUUCGAGUCCCGUCGGCGAGGCUGGGAGAGGAUGUGUGCAAGGACCAGCAUGGCGUCGACUACGUGGAAUUCACAUUAAACUUUUAUCGUGACUGUGAAGAAUGAAGUUGAUUAUUCAUACAUUACGAUUUCUGAGACAGAAUCGAACAAACUACGUAUUUUGCAUAAGAUAAAUGACUAAUCGCAGAGUUGGCGAUAUGCGAAAGAUGCGAUUUUCUAUAUCUUCGCAGUGCGUUCCUCUAUUAGUCAUCUGAUAUUAAACUAAAAAGAGAUGAAAAUAAAUUUCUCACUCUAUUCUUGACCGAGUUGAAUCUCCAAAACAAGAAGGGUAACGAGAAACUACUCGAUGCGGACUACGGUACGUACAUUGAAUUGAAAUGUACUAUACAAGAAAAGAAAAUUAGUAUUUCAUAAAAUAGAAUGGUAGCUAGCAAACAUUAUUGAAUAACUAGAGCAUGGGAGCAUCUAAAUCAUUCAAACAGAGAACAACACCGAGCUUAUAUUUCAAUACAUUAGAUACAAAUUAUCACAAAGAUUAUCGAUUCUAAAUAAUAUGGAAAAAAAAGAAACAAAAAAAAAACACGUCAAAAACGAUUUAUAGGAAGAUCUAUAUUUCUGCCGUCCACGCAGUGCCUAAACUGAGUAUUGAAUAUGAGACAAUUUUAUAGCUAAUUUAAUCAAGAUAUUGAAAUACAUACAAGACGGUAUGUAGUCGAAAACAAGAAUAAAAAUAAAAAAAAAAAUAAUUGCAGCAUUGUUAAAAAUAAAUAUAUUAUACCUCAACAUUAUAUUUAUGUAGUGAUGUAGAAAUGAUUAUUGAUUGUAUAACAAAAAAAAAAAGAAAAGUAAAAAUAAUAAGAGCAGAAACAAUCUAUCAUUAGAUUAUUUGAUGGUAAUAGUAUAGAUGGAGGAUAUAAGAUAGGAAACAAGUUUAACGAUAACAUAAAUAAUUUUCCAUACAAACCUCUUAUCUGCAUGAAGUUUAGUUAAGAAUCACAAUAUCACGAACAAACUAAGCCUAAUUGUUUCAUUUUUAUGUUUUACCGUAUAGCGUAUAAAAGUAUUAGUUAGUAGAAAUUAUUAUACAUUUGUACAUUUUUUCACUGUUAUAUAAAUAACGAAGCUUAAAUUUUUAAGUUGUUUCAUGGUGUAUUUAUAAUUUUUUCUUUUUUUUCUUAACGAAUUAAAGCUGUUACGUUAUUUCUAUUUUUAUUAAAGUCUUUCUUAUAGAUUUGAGAGACUGUCCGAUUGCCGUGGCAGGAACAGUACAUAGCGAAAGUGCAAAUUCGUUGAAAUCCCUGUCGGUAGGAAUUGAAAGAUCCCCAACGUAGGUUUGAGAAUUUUCGAAAAUAUACAGCAUCAGGUUGAUUGCACAGCACAAUUUUACGCCGAUCGAUCCUAUAGUCUUUCAACUGAAAUUACAUAAUUUUUGUCAUUUCAAAUUGAACGGGAUAGGAUUUCUUCACGUAGAUUUUUUAAAGCUAUUGCAGCAGGAUGAGAAAACUAAAAAUAAGUUCUGAAUUAUCGAUUAUCGAAAUUAUAUUGUACAAUUUUUGUUUUUUGUUUAUUUCUGUUAUCCCAUGUAAAAGUUAGGGAACCUCUGAUUUAGCGGUAUUUUGAAUUCCGCAAACAAUAAUUGAAUAUUUAUAUAACGAUAGGAAUGUGUAGUAGUUAAGCGAUAUACACUAGUGAUUUGUAAAUACACUUCAGUAAUAUAUUGAAAAAAAUAAAAAAUUAUAUGACUCAAAUUAUAAUAGAUAUGAAUUAAUGGUAGUUGACUUAGGGCUUUCGUUGUGUUAUUUCACGUUGAAAAUUACCGUACAAUAUCAUAUCAUACCUAUGAUAUUUUACGAAUUUCAUUUUUAUUCCUUCAGCGAACAACACUGGCCCUAAUUAAACGUAGGAUACCUUCGCACGUACUAACUUUAUACAUAUACAUAUAUCAAGGUGUAAAUGUAAUAGCAGAUUAGCUCGUAAGCACAAAAUCAUAUUGAUCUAUAUUCUUUAAUAAAAUAAAAAGAACAAAAAAAAGAACAUCAUUGUAAUCAAACACUUUAAAGAUUAAUGCAAAUUAAACUGGUUAUCUUGUAAAAAAUAUUGUAUAUUUCUUCAUAAUUCACAUUAACUGUGUAUUGAACGUCGUUCGCGCUUUCUCUUCAUCAAAUUUAUACUCAUCCAUUUCUUCUUGAAAAAAAAAUUUUAAAUAAUCAAGUGACAAUGACAUUAGUUGUAGAACGAUCGAUUGAUAUUAUUGCCAACUAUCUUCUUUUUUUUUAAAUAACGCUGAUUUUUUUUUUUAGUUUUUAACGUAUUUUGACUUUGGGAAACCGACUCUAUAAACUAAAUCGACUCACCCUAAAACUUAGAAAAAAACUAUUACCGUAGCGUGCAGAAUUAUUUCUGGUUUUAUUGUUGAAUCAGUAAAGCAAAACUGUAAAAUGAUAGUGAGGAAGUAGGUAGAUCUAAACUUCAAAAUGGAUUGGGUACAUUGAGGUGAAAAAUUCAGAACUUGAUAUGUUUUGAGCUUUAUGACUUCAGCAGCUAUUGCAUUGAAAUAUUUGAUAAAUUAACGAUUAAUUUGUUUACUAUUGAAAAAGAAUAGUGGAUUUACUCACAGAUAUAUUCACUUGCUCUUCUUUUUUGGUAAACCGUCGUGAAUUCCUCAUAGAGCGUUAAUGCUUUACUAGUCUCCAAACCUCCUGACACAGUAGAUGUCAGAUCUAUCUAUAAAUCAGAGAUAAGUUUAUGCUGAUAAUUGUUAGGGUCUGCGAUGCGUUGUGCAUCGAAUUUUACAGCGUAAUGUAUAUUUGAUUAUAUAUCUAUGUAUAGUAUAUGUAUGGACAUCACCGACAUAUUCAGUAAUAUAUUAUCAUUGAAAGUCUACGAUAUAAGAUGUAUUAUUGUACUCAUAGCAGAAUAAAAGAUGCUGCUCUAGGA